AUGGGAUCAGGAUAUGGAGACAGGCACAAAUCUCUCGUGUCCAUUGCCACCACGAAGUCUCUUAUUACUCGGACCCUCACCCGCAGAGAUACCACCACGGACUGGCGUGGUCAAGAGGCCGUGGUGGACUUGAUAUUUGUCCAUGGAGUCAAUGGAGGCUCUCAAAGCACAUGGACCAAAGAUGGGGAUCCAUCAAUGUUCUGGCCUCGAGAAUGGCUCUCCAAGGAUCAUGCUUUUCAGGAUGUGCGAAUUCACACCUUUGGCUAUGCAUCUGAUAUUGCCCAAGGAUCAGUGCUCAAUAUCCCGGACUUUGCACUAUCACUGCUAUACUCUAUACAUGAUUCGCCUGUAAUUCUGAGAGAGAGCAAGGUACCAUUAAUCUUGGUCGGCCACAGCAUGGGUGGACUGGUUAUCAAGAAGGCAUUUAUUUUCGCCCAUGAUAAUGAGGAAAUGAGGCCGCUUGUUCACAAAAUCUGUGCCAUCUUCUUCCUUGCAACACCACACCAAGGAGCCAAUCUUGCACAGACCCUGAGCCGACUUCUACAGGUAGUGCCAGGGAGCCGGCCGUUUGUUCAGGACCUUUUUCCAGGAUCGCAAGCACUACAAUUGAUCAAUGAAGAAUUUCCGCGUCUUUGUGAUGACCUGAAACUGUUCUCCUUCUACGAAACCAAACCGAUGAACUAUGUCUUUGGUCGAGGGCUGAUCGUGGACAAAACGUCUGCAGUGAUGAACUAUGUCAACGAAAGAAAGAUGUAUCUCAACGCGAAUCACCGGAAUGUCGCACGCUUUACUUCUACGAACGACCCUUCCUACCUCGCAGUUCGGAACUCGCUUGCAGCAUACAUCGACAGCAAACGAUAUCUCCAAAUUUCUGAGACUGGGCAGAUAAAAGAAGAUCAGUUAGAGGUCUUGAAUACAUUUCUUGGGUUUUCUGAAGCCCCAGAAGGAGACUUGAUGAACCAAGAUGACAGUAGGGUUCCAGGCUCGUGUGAUUGGCUCUUAGAAAAGCCCUUUUUUGAGCGAUGGCUGGAUUGUUCCUGUUCCCAACUGCUUUGGCUGCGAGGCCGACCGGGUGCAGGAAAGACCAUUUUAACCGGCCACGUCAUUAACCACCUACGGAACCUGGGGCAAGAUUGCUGUUUCUUUUUCUUCAAGGAGGAGGACAAAUCAAAAGUCACAAUAAAUUCUUUCUUAAGGUCAUUGGCUUGGCAGAUGGCCCGGUUACACGGAGAAAUUCUGUCAGCUGUACUAGACGCCGCGGGGACAUGGCAGGAUGCCACGAUCAGCAAGGCAGAUCAUAAUUCUGUUUGGCAGAGGCUUUAUCUACGAUCUCUGCUCAAAAUUCAUCUAAUCAAACAGCAAUACUGGGUGAUUGAUGCCCUAGAUGAGUCCAAGGGAGGCUCCGAACUGAUGUCUUUUCUGGCAAAGAUGCAGGAGGUCUGGCCAUUGUCCAUCUUGGUGACUUCUCGAUAUCCAAUGACAACCACGGGUUUUAUGAAUCAGACAACUCAAGUCGUGUCAGAGGCGAUCGAAGAGCACGAUACAAAGAAGGAUAUAUUACUUCUUCUGCAAGCCCAGAUUGAUUCACUGCCCACAAGGAACGAUGAUGAAAGAAAAGCUAUGGUGGAUGACAUUUCCGAUACGUCUAAUGGGUGCUUUCUCUGGGUCGACCUAGUACUAAAGGAGCUCCAGCAAGCCAAUACAUCUUCAGACAUCCGGAGAGUACUGGCGAGCAGUUCUGACAGCAUGGAUAAUCUUUAUAGCAAGAUUCUCGCCGAUAUGGCCAACGCUCGGUUCGGCAAGGAAUUGGCGAAAGCCAUUCUUACCUGGACAACAUGCUCAUUUCGACCUCUGUCGAUAGCUGAAAUACAUCCAGUUAUUGAGCUUGGUAUCAAUGACAACAUCAGCGAUAUUGAACGUUCCAUUAACACAUGUUGUCGCAACAUCGCCUAUGUUGACAGCCAAAAAAUGGUCCAGUUAAUCCACUCGACGGCGCGUGAUUUUCUUCUACGUCAGAAUACUGUUUCGGAGUUUGCAAUUGAAAAAUCGAAUGCACAUAGGCAAAUUACUCUGGCGUGUCUUCAGUACCUCUCUAGCAGCGAGAUGAAACCCCCUCGUUCAAAAAAUCUAGGCCUCUUUACAGAAUCCAAGAAGUCCCCGUUUGGAGAUUAUGCAUGUAAAUUUAUCUUCAAGCAUUUGCCUCUCGUUAGGUCGAUGGACGAGGAUAUAUACGUCGCCCUCUCGAAAUUUCUCAUGUCACCCAAUAUCCUGAGCUGGAUUGGAUAUCUCGCGAGGCAUGGAGAUCUGCAAUUGGUGUUUCAUGCUGGGAAGGCCAUCGAGAAUUUGAUGGCUCGGCGCUCCCAGCAUGCAUCCCCAUUGAGUCUGAAGAAAGAUGCACAACUCAUCCAGGGGUGGGGGAAUGAUAUGGUUUAUCUUGUAACUAGAUUCGGUCACCAACUUUCCCUCUACCCGUUGUCAAUUCAACAUCUCAUCCCUCCAUUUUGUCCUCGCAAUUCCACUAUCCGGCAACUGUUUGGCUCAUCUACUAGAGGAGUAUCUGUACAUGGUUUAUCUUUGCAUACUUGGGAUGACUGCUUGUCCACUGUCACGUAUCCCAAAUCGGAGAAGCGGAUUUGGGGUACGUGCGUGGCAACAUCAAACAAGUACAUCGCCAUGAGCAUGGAAAACGGGCAUAUCUUCUUCUACGAUAGUAAGACAUGCCAGGAAUGCAAUGUUAUCCGUCAACAAGAAGGGGUAUUGAACUUGACAUUUGGCGAAAGCGGGAACUAUCUUGCGUCAGCCAGUCUAAAAUCUGUGUCUGUAUGGAGCUUGGAUUCCUGGUCCAAGAUUUGCACUCUUCCAAUCCCAGGGAGGUGCAUGGCCCUGACAUUCAUAGACAAUGACUGUUUUCUGCUUGGUGCACUGAUAAACAAUCAGCUUGUUUGCUGGGAUAUCCAAAACGGCGGUGUCAUUGAGGACGAGCCAACCAACUGGACGCAAGAUUUUGAAAAUAGUGGUCUCCAGUUCAGGCAACCUUGGGGCGCGGCUUUCUCUCCUCUCCAAAACCUCCUGGCGAUAAUCUAUCGCGGGGAGUACCUCAUCUUGUGGAACUUUGAGUUAAAACGAAUCCACGAUAUAUAUGAAAAGAACUCCGGGUCUCUUCAUGAAUCGCUGAAAAAGAGCAACGGAAGCACAACAGUUUGGCACCUAGCCUUCAGCCCUGCCGUCGACGCGAACAUUCUUGUUGCAGCCUACUCAGAUGGAGAUAUUGUGGUGUACGAUACAUCGUCCGGUGGCGUUCGAGGAACUCUAGAGGGGUCUGUGUCCAAAUCGCUCGUCUUCACUUUGGACAAUACCCUACUCCUCGACGUUCGGUUAUACGAGUGCCGGAUUUGGGGCCCUGCGGUGUUGCAGAGACAGGAUAUCGACAACAUCAACAGUGACACGGUAUCUGUCCCAACAAGCUAUCAAGAGAUAGACUAUCAGGUUUCAGAAACAGUGAGCAUCGCAUCUAUUCUCUGCGUCCAGUCUGCCUCGCUUGUGUUCUGUGGAAAGGAGGAUGAAUCCGUGCAUGUCUACGACUUCGCCUCUGAGCUCCAGAGCCAGCAGCUGUUUGUACAAACUCGUGGGAUUUCAGUCACUUUCCUACACUUCGAUGAAGGCAUUCUCACCUGUGCAGACUCCGCCAGCCACGUAGAACCUUUCCUGGAUUUCUACAUCGGGACAAGUAUACGGCAAAUUCUUGGAUGCAGCAAACAUUCAAGGCUUCUUGUAAGUACCGAUUCCGAGGAUACUCUUUGGGAUCUGGCUGUCUCUGGGGAUAAGGCUCCUCUUAUUCGCAAUGAGGUCAAGGCCAAAGGACAUUGGAUUCAGAGUUCCACGCACGCCAAUAAUCUACUCCUUGUGACGCCCACGGGGAUAAUGUCGUACAACUGGACCUCUCUGGAAUGUGUCAACGCUAUUUCUUUGGACCAUCUACUCCAACCCUUCACAAUCAUCGAUCAUGUAACUCCUCUCCGCCACUCUCGUUUCUUUGUGACACUAACAAAAGACGCCUCAUCCACCCAGGCUUCUGUGCCACGGAUACAUGUGUGGGACUUUGGUGACUUCAGCUCGAAUAAAAUAAUUCAAUCCCCUGUGCACAGCUUUGAUGCCGUAUCAUCAAAAUUCGAGGCGGUUAUUGGAACACUUGAUGAACGACUAGUCUAUAUCGACUCUGAGUACUGGGUUUGCUCCACCAAUCUGAAAGAGAGUGAUGAGCCUGCGGCCCGACACUUCUUUAUUCCUAAUAAUUGGUUACCUUCUAUCGACCAGUUGCUACUGGAUCUUGGGCGUGCAGGAGAAAUUAUCUUUGUCAAACGCAAUGAGCUUGUCAUCAUCAAGCGCGGCCUUGAUAUCCGACACCAAGGGAGUUUCAGGGAGUCCAAGAAAGAUAGCUUGACUGUCAAGCAUGUUGAGCUAAUCAGGCCCUCAUCCUCGGGUUCAGUAUAG